CCUGUCCUCCAAAACGCUCCUCCGUGCGCUAUUCCUCAUAACGAUUGAGCCAUCGUAGCGCUCGUACACCAUCGCAGCGCUCGUACACCAUCGCAGCCCUCGUACACCAUCGCAGCGCUCGUACACUGAUCCUACACAUCUAUCCUACACUCUUCAGUGGCGUCGUCGGCACGCUGCGGAGCCGUCAAGGCCCAAGCCACACAAGCGACACCAAGCGGGGCCAGAAAUGAACCGUCCCACUAAGCCAAAGCUCUCCGCAGCACCAAGAGAUGCCCUCUCCGCCCUGCCGAAGGAAAUGAUGGCGCACAUCGCAGCCUUCGCGGGCUGGCGCGGUCUCCUGCAAGGGCUAGAGGUGACGGGCAAAUGCGGCCGCGAACUGGCGGCACAGGGCUACGCGCACGGCAUCGAAAAGCUGCGUGGGCGCGUCGGCGCCGUCGACGCGCGCAGAGCGUGCCUGGCGGUCGCCGCGACGCGGUGGAACCACGCGCUGCAGCCGGUCUUCGGCGACGGGGCUCUCCACAGAAGGUCGAGGCUACGGCCAAUAUCUGGCAUGAAUCGUCCAAGAGGAACUCGAGAUUUUGAGGCGAGACUGGGAUUCGCUGCAAAUUCGGCGCGGACGCGGCCCGACGAUGCCGCGGGAACUGUGCUGGUCUGCGAUGUCCUCCGACGAGUUUGGUGGGACGGUGGCGACGCCUAUGUGACUGACCGACCGGCAACACUCGUCGGAAGCUGGGUUGUCGAUGGCGACAGAUGCACCCUCGCGCACGGGAGCACCAUAACACAAGAGUGGGGAGGGUUCCCCGUCGCACCAGGCUCGCUGUGCGCGUUCACUGUCUCAUUUGGGUCGGAGAUUCCUGUGCAGGCUUCCUCUCGCGAGUUAUGGGAGAGAGAAACUGAUUUAAAGUUCCGUCUCUGGGCCGUGACGAAGGACGGUGCUGUCGCCUGCGUGCUCUGGGAUAAUGUGGAGCUCGAUCAGCGCGAGGGCAUUUUCCACUGUGUCACCACUGAGCCACAGAACCUCGUCAAUUAUCCGAAUCCUUGGAAUGUGGGCACUACGCAGUGCGAGGUGCGACCCUCAGCGACCAUCGAGGGCGACAGCUUCUCGCUCCGCGCGGCGACUUUUUGCUUUGUUUGUGCAGAUGACGUAGAUGAGUCGUAUGAGGGAGAAUUUCUCGACAGCCUCGUCGAAGAGGGAGUUUGGGUGCCGACGCGCCCGCGAACAGUCUGAAGGUAACAAUUUUAAAAAUCACAAAC